ACACUUGAAUGUUUUCUGCCACUCCUGAUCGGAUUACCAACAAUAAUAGUUUCUUGGAUUUUACGGUCUCGUCAAUAGGGCACAAUAGCCAGGCAAGCGCUAUUGAGUACUUUUAUUGGGUUGGAAAAAGCUUGCGCUGUUCAGCUGCAGAUAUCGCCUCUGCAUCACACCAUCAUCUCCUGAACCAAACAUCUACACCUUUCUGCUCUCCAUUUCUACGUGUGUACUGCUCUACUCUUGAACGAAGACUACUGGGUAGUCAUGGCACUUUCAAUGCAUAUGCCAGCAGCUGGUUGCGAGCAUAUGAACAAUGACGCCAUCAGCAGAAUACGCAAGUUUCGCUCCAAGCACAACCAUGAAGACCUUGUCCAGUACACUUGUCUCGAAUGCCCAGCUGCAGGCGGCUUUCCCACAUUGGACCAACAUUUCUCAGACUCACAGCACGAGUUCGCUGUCAGCCAGAAGUCUGUGUAUUGUGGUCGCUGCAAUGACCUUGUCUAUGACCCUACCUUACUCAGCAACAGCAAGAAACGGAAACUCACAGAGGCAAACGAUGAAGACGACUCCUAUCUCACCGCCAACACUUCUCAACGACCAUGUGGCCGCAGCGGUGUGCGAGGCUUGUUCAAUCUUGGAGAGACAUGCUACAUGAACGCGGUUCUUCAAAUGAUGGUUCACAACACUCUCCUGGCAAGCUAUUUUCUCGGCAUGGGCCAUCCUACCCACACUUGUCCUAUCUCUAAGGAACCAGACAAGAAGAACAAUGACUCCGACUCCGAGGACGAGGACGAAGAGAAGAAAGAACAACAGACUUGUGUGGCUUGUGGCAUGACAGAGGUCUUCUCGGAUGUGACCAUGGUUGAUCAGCCCCUCCCUGCUCAUGCCGUCAACCUGCUAUUCGCUUCGUGGAAGAAUAUACCGCAAAUGUCCGGCAAAGGUCAACAAGAUGCCCAGGAAUGGUUCAUGUGCAUCAUCGACCGACUCCAUGAGGCUGUAGCUCACUACAAAACUCCUGAAAAGACAAACAGCGCCAACGCAGCAAACGGUAUUCCAGCCAUUGAGAAGCAAUGUGUCUGCUUCUUCCACAAGGUCUUCUACGGACGCUACAAUAGUCAAAUCACCUGCGACACCUGCCAUACGGUUUCUUCUCGGGAGGACGAAUUCUCCAGCAUCAGUCUCGACUUCAAGAAACAAGUCAAAAAGAAGAAGAAGGCGGCAAAGGAUGCUGCUAAUGCCGCUGCUGGCGAGGGCAAGGAAAAGGACAAAGAGCCACUCAAGAUUGCGAUCCCAAGUCUCCACGAGUGCCUACGAAGCUUCACCGCCCCCGAACCUCUAUCUCCCGAGCAAUACAAUUGUCAAGAAUGCAACGAUAGACGCUCUGCCAGCAAGCAGACACGCAUCCGCAAGUUACCUGCGAUCCUCUGUGUCCACGUUAAGCGGUUUGGCAUGAAGCAACUUGGAACGGGCGUUUACGUUCCCGAAAAGUACGAAGGCAGACUGGACUUCAAUCUACACCUCGAUAUGGCGCCCUAUACGACACGACCCCCAACAAACGGUGAAGACAAGGAAAAGUACAUGUACGAUCUGGACUGUGUGGUGGUGCACCAGGGCGAACACGCGCAGAACGGCCACUAUUUCGCCUUCUGCCGCCAGGACACCAAGUGGUUCCGCUUCGACGACGAGAUCGUGAGUGCUACUACCACGGAGGACGUCAUGAGGCAGGAGGCCUACCUGUUGUUCUACUCGCUCAGGAGCUUGGAUAAGAUGUAGGUGAUGGAUGGCGUUGGGGUUGGCGGUUGCCUUGGAUCAAACGUGUAGUAUAGGACAGGCACGUAGUCUGGAUGCAAUGACAUGCGUACAAGUUAA